UCAAAUUUUCAGCAUAUUUACUUAGAUGAGGUGUUAUCCUUUGAUUGAACACACUUUACUACUACUACUUGUGUUAACUGAAGUAUUAUACCGAUACUUGUAUUUACAAAGUACCGGAUCAGGGUAAAAGAAACAAUAAAAUUGUUUCAGAAUUACCUUUUACUCAGGGACCUAAUGUCUGAUAGAAAGGAGAACCCAGGAUGGAACGACUUGAGCAGAGUCUCCCAACCAUUUCUUCAAUCAAUACUUCACAGUUUCAGGGCCAGUCUGGGCUGCCAGCGCAGUGUCAGUCACUUGACGAAAAGAAAGCAAUCUCUGAUGUCCGCAGGACUUUCUGCCUCUUUGUAACUUUUGACCUGCUGUUUGUUUCGCUCUUGUGGAUAAUUGAAUUGAAUACAAAUAGUGGCAUUGAAGAGAACCUAGAAGAUGAAAUAUUAAAUUAUGACUUCAGAACUUCAUUCUUUGACAUAUUUUCACUGGCUGUGUUUCGUUUCCUGGUAUUGCUGCUUGCCUAUGCCCUUCUGAGACUCCGUCACUGGUGGGUGAUUGCGGUCACUACUUUAAUCACCAGUGGCUUUUUAAUUGUAAAAGUCAUUCUUUCAAUUCAGUUCCAGACCAGGGGCGCAUUUGGUUAUGUUCUUCCAAUUGUUUCCUUUGUCCUUGUUUGGCUGGAGACCUGGUUUCUUGAUUUCAAAGUAUUGAUUCAAGAGGCAGAGGAUGAACAAUUGUACCAGACAUCUCAUGCAGUAUUUGUGCACUCACCCCUACUGUAUCCCAGAGGUGUAUCUGAGGGACAAUUCUACUCUCCUCCAGAGUCCUUUGCAGGCUCUGAAGAUGAGUUUGAAAGUGAAGGUACUGAAAGGAGAGCAGUAACACCAGAGGAGAAGGAAUAUGUGCGUCAGGGUCGAGAGGCAAUGCAAGUGAUGGAACAAAUACUGGGCCAGGAGGCAUGCUGGAAGUUUGAGAAAACAAAUGAGUACAAUGAUGUUGUUUACACGUUUGAAAUCCCAUAUCAUGGCAGGAGCUUCAUUCUAAAGACAUUCCUGCAAUGCCCUGCUGAGCUGAUAUAUCAAGAGGUUAUUCUUCAACCUGAGAAACUGGUCAUGUGGAACAAAACAGUUACUGUUUGCCAGGUUCUCCAACGGAUCGAUGAUAACACUAUAAUCACCUACGAUGUUUCGGCAGGAGCUGCAGGAGGAGUCGUUUCUCCCAGGGACUUUGUGAAUGUGCGUCGUAUUGAGAGGAAGAAAGAGAUGUAUAUUUCUUCCGGUAUGUCAACCACUCAUGACUCCAGACCUCCACAGAACAAGUAUGUCAGAGGCGAGAAUGGGCCUGGAGGGUUUGUGGUACUGAAGUGUCCUCAGAACCCCAGAGUCUGCACCUUUCUUUGGAUACUAAAUACAGAUUUGAAGGGCCGGCUGCCCCGAUACCUGAUCCAGCAGAGUCUCGCAGCCACCAUGUUCGAGUUCAUUGCGCACCUGAGGCAGCGAAUCAGUGAGAUAAGGGAAGCAGCGCAUUACUGACUGCAGCAUUAAACAUCACAUCGGCACCAUCUAUAGAAAUCACCAUGUCCCGAGUCAGCAAUUGCAAACCAGGAUCAACUUACAAACUGACGCAGCAUCUACUAAUCUUUGUACUCAUCACUGAAAGAUUGUUUUAAAAGUUAUUCUUCACAUGGCUUCCCUGAUUGAAGUAUCACAUGAAGGAAUUGAGAUACAAUAAUGAACAUUUUUAUUUUUUAUAUUAUGCCAUUUUUUGUAUUAUGUUGUUGAAUUCUCACAGUGUACAAUCCACCUGCUAUGGGAGUUUUACAUUUAGAAACGAAUAUUACUGUUUGAUAACAGCUUUGUGGUUCUCUGAUACAGUACAGGUCGCUGAGUGCUGUGAGGCUGAAAUAUUUGCUGCAUCCACUAGGUGCUACUAGUAGAUGCAGGUGGAGGUGAGCUGCUGCAUUGCUGUUUCUCAUCAGCUUGUGCCGUGGUUCCUUUUGUGACAGGGAUUGUUUAUUCUCAUUUCUCGGAAUUAGAUAAAUGAAAAUUGUUUUUAAUAGUAGAUAGCAGCCUCUCCUGUAGCUCAAUGGGCCAUUGCACCAUCCAGCCUAGAUCUGAGCUCCAGGGGCCAGGAAGAUUGUGCAUCCUGCCGAUCCCAUGUUCUACACUGGGCCUUAGCUGGAGAAACAGCUGGAAUUCUAUUAUUGAUGACUGUCUAUCGAGUGAGUGGCUUACAGCUGAAGGAUCAAAUAUGAGGCCCUCCAGGGUGGAAUAUCCUGCUGCCAUACACUGGAAUGAGGGACUGGAGGGAGGUUAUCGUGAAUGGCAUCUGUAUGUGACAAUUGUCUCUGCCUUCAGGAAGGGUGAGAUAUCAUAUGAUCAACUAUUACUCUACAUUACCUGGAAAAGCACUGUCAGCAGUCAUGGCUGGAUAUAAAAAUGUAAUUGUUGCACUGUGCAGAUGAGGGACUGUCUAAUAGACAUGUGGUUGUUUUCUCAUGAUUAACCCUGUUAAUUCCUCAUCCAGCUCUACUUGAUUGCCAGAUCCCAAAUUCUCGACAUACUCCAAUUUCGUCCCAAGUUUCCUGCACAGAUCCAAUUAAGGGUAAAACAUCCUUUCCCAGGGCUGGACUGUAUACUAAAAGCCGAAAAAAAAAUGUUAAAUCAGAAUAAAACCAUAAAAUUGAUUUUUUUUUAA